AUAUCGUUUGUUUUCAGUUGACAGUUGCGGGUGGUGGGUAAGUUGCAGUAACUGGUCACACUGGUGCAUUGUUAACAGAACUCAGAAAUCUGUCUUGGGAAAAACUGACUUUUUCAAUUUAUUGUUACGUGCUGGAUAGCCGAUGCUACAUUUUACUACGAGGGUCUUCUAACCAGCGUAACAUACACACGGAUACAUCUUUGUGUAUUUUGGGACGUUUGAGAUGGAAAAUCGCAGGAUCACCCAGGAGACCUUCGAUGCCGUGGUCAGGGAAAACAUUGAGGAAUUUGAAAUGGAUCCGGACGAAGCACUGAAUGAGGCCAUUCAGCAGUUCGAGUCUCAAGGCGUGGAUCUCAGCAAUAUUGUAAAAGCAAUGCCGACUGCAGUAUUAGACCAGGAUAAGGAGGAUCAAACACACGAUAUUCUUAAGGCUCUAGAGUCCCUUCAAAUUGAAGCCAGCACAUCUGGAUCUGAAAAUGUGCGUUGUAAUUUGACGCUCUUUGCCGAUCAGUGCAAACUGGGAUUUGCCCAACGUCAUCUGGCUGCCCAGAAAGGAGCGUACCCCACAAUCCUAGCAUGCUGCAAGAAGGCCGAGAAGGACCGAGAUGCACUGUUAUCCGCCCUCUCGGCUCUCUCUGUGCUGAUGGAUGGACAGCCUGACCUCCUGAAUGCUGAGGGGCAGGACUUUCUGAUGGGCUUGCUGAGGCGCUGUCACGCGGACCCAGCGGUGAUGGGGCUGGCUGUGCGCACGGUACGGCACUGCUGUCUGAAGCACGAGCAGAACCGGCAGGAUCUAGUGAAGGCUGGAGUUUUACGGUCACUUACAGGUGCCAUGGCAGAGCAUAGCAGCCAUUCCGAGCUGGUGAAGGAGGCCUCUGCUGCCUUGAGGGUCAUGACCUUUGAUGAUGAUGUCAGGGUGCCUUUUGGCCACGCCCACGAACAUGCUAAAAUGAUAGUUGUGGAACAUAAUGGACUGAAAAUCAUUAUAGAAGCAGCCAAAGCUCACCCUCAAAACACCGCCGUCCUUAGUGAACUCUGUGCCACGCUGUCCCGGCUGGCUGUCAGGAAUGAGUUUUGCCAAGACAUUGUUAACCUGGGGGGGCUGGAAUUUAUGCUCACGCUAUUGGCAGAGAGUCUGGAUCACCAGGAUUUGGUGAAACAAGUCUUUAGUGCUCUUCGGGCCGUAGCUGGAAACGACGACGUGAAAGAUGCCAUUGUGAACGGCGGGGGAGCUCAGCUCAUAGUCCUAGCCAUGAACAGACACAUGUCAUGCCCACAGGUCUGCGAGCAGGGCUCCGCAGCGUUGUGUGUCCUUGCUCUGCGCAAGCCGAACAACUGCAAGGCGAUCAUGGACUGUGGCGGCGCCCUGGCUGGCCUGCAGGCCAUGAAGACUCACCCAGAGGAGGCGAACAUGCAGAAACAGUGCUGCAUGUUGCUGAGGAACUUGGUGUGUCGCACGCAGAGCUUCAGCCAGCCCAUCCUGGAGAUGGGGGCAGAGGAGCUGGUGGCCCGGGCACUAGCCUCACACCGCGACUGCGGCGACGUAGCGCGGGCCGCCUUGCGUGACCUCGGCUGCAAGGUGGAGCUGCGGGAGCUUUGGACGGGGAAAAAGGGCAGCCUGACAAACUGAGGGCCCGGGGCCCCAAUUCCACACAGACGCACACAUACACACUAACUCUUACAACAAGACUAGUCCUCUUGUCAUUGUUGUGUGUGUGUGUGUGUGUGUGUGUGGGUCUUUUUUAUGUCGGCGUGAGUAGUCUUUGUGUAGCCUUGUGAAUUUGUGAGUAAACUGUGGCAUUUCCCCAAUUUGUGUUUAUCUAGCCCUCUGGUUUUUCAUUGCAAUGAAGUGCUCCUUAUUGCAAACCAGGAAUGUCCGUUGUAUAACUCAAGGAUUGAAGGUAAUUUAUAACAGGUGUUUCUCAACUGUGUCCUUGGGGACCCACAGAUGGUCCACGUUUUUGCUCCAGGGGCUGGGAGGGAGCAAAAAUAUGGACUGUCUGGAGGUCCCCCAAGGACCACACUGAGAAACACCAAUGCAGGCUGUUUUUAAAUACCGUAUCUCUGAAAGGAAUUGCUUUUUGAUCAGAAAUGUCCAGCAGAAUCCACCAUGGUGUUGACCACUGGAAUCUCUUCUUCUGUUCGUCGUUAUGGACCAUUGCCGGCUCAUGGCGGUGUGACCUUUCAGCUCAGUUUAGUCAUCUUUUGCUGUGUGAAACUGUGCCGUGUUAUUUGUAAUGGCCGAAUGUCCAUCCACCUUUUAUAUUUUGAAAUAAACAUUCCAUCUCCUGUG